CUCUCUUCUCCUUCUUCACUUCUUUGUCAUCCUGUCUUUCUCUAGUCGGUUAUUUUUAAGACGGAUGCUUGAGACACAGGCUGACCCCUGACCCCUGGCCUGCCCAGAGCCCAUAGGAGAGAGGGACAAGAGGAGGAGAGAUCAACCUUCUGUCAGCCAUGCUUCAGUCCAAUCAUUCUAUUCAUUCGGUUUUCUGCUGCUGCUGCUGUGCCGUUCAGACCAGAGAGGUCAGUACACGUUUGGAGGACAACACCGCUCUCUGCUUUCACUCCAGGAGGUACCCUGGACGCGCUUACCAGUUGGAACGCUCCCGGCGCCAGCUGCCCCCUCCCCCCCCCGAGGAGGAUGAUGAUGGGGUUGAGGUGAGGAUGAAGGUGGUGGCUGAGUGUGACUUCUCAGCGCGGGAUGAGUCUGAGCUGAAGCUGUGUCGAGGCGCAGAGUACACCAUCCUGCACCAGCAGGACCAGCUCUGGUGGAGGGCCCAGGAUCAGCAUGGGAACAAGGGAUUCAUCCCCAGUAACUAUGUGAGAGAGAAACACAACAUAGAGGCCAAUACGUGGUUCUGCCAGAACAUCACCAGAUCAGAGGCAGAGCAGCUACUGAGAAAAGAGGGUAAAGAGGGAGGGUUUGUGGUCAGAGAGUCCAGUCAGCCUGGGUGCUACACAGUGUCAGUCUUCAGCAAGGCUCUAGGUCUAAGCGGAGGGAUACGCCACUACCAGAUCAGACACAGCGACUCUGGCCAGCUGUACCUGGCUGAGAAGCAUGUGUUCAACUCCAUCGCUGAGGUCAUACACUACCACGAACACAACGCUGCAGGACUGGUCACCAGACUGAGGUACCCAGUGGGACGGGCGGGAACCUGCUGUCCUGCCUCCGGAUUCAGCUCAGAGAAGUGGGAGAUCAACCCCAGUGAGCUGACCUUCAUGAAGGAGCUGGGCAGUGGGCAGUUUGGGGUGGUGCGUCUGGGCAAGUGGAGGGCUCAGCACAAGGUGGCCAUCAAGGCUAUCAGAGAAGGAGCCAUGCUGGAGGAAGACUUCAUAGAGGAGGCCAAGGUCAUGAUGAGGAUGUCCCACCCCAGGCUGGUGCAGCUGUAUGGAGUAUCUCUGCGUCAGCGGCCUCUCUGCAUCGUGACAGAGUUCCUGGCCAACGGCUGCCUGCUCAACUUCCUGCGCCAGGGGGGCGGGGCCAAAGAGGGGGCGGAGCUUCUGGCCAUGUGCCUGGAUGUGUGUGAAGCCAUGAAGUACCUGGAGGAUCACAAACUCAUACACAGAGACCUGGCAGCCAGGAACUGUCUGGUCAGUGAGAAGAACGAGGUGAAAGUGAGCGACUUUGGAAUGACCAGGUAUGUUCUAGAUAACCAGUACACCAGUUCCACGGGUUCCAGGUUCCCAGUGAAGUGGUCUCCUCCAGAGGUUCUCCACUUCAACAAGUACAGCAGCAAAUCAGAUGUCUGGUCCUUCGGGGUGGUGAUGUGGGAGGUGUUCACCCAGGGCAGGACUCCGUACGAGGGGAGGACCAAUCCUGAGGUGGUUGAAGACAUCACCAGGGGGCUCCGCCUCUACCGCCCAGGCCACGCCUCCAAACAGGUCUACCAGAUCAUGUACCGGUGCUGGCACGAGACGCCGCAGGGUCGUCCAUCCUUCUCUGAGCUGCUGACGGACAUCACACAGCUGGAGGAGUAGAGACACACACAGCUGGAGGAGUAGAGACACACACAGCUGGAGGAGUAGAGACACACACAGCUGGAGGAGUAGAGACACACACAGCUGGAGGAGUAGAGACACACACACACACAUACACACUUGUAUCCAAAGUAGCAUGUGGGGGAUUUGAACCUUUUGAUCUGAAGUCAGAUGAUCUGCCUCUGAUAUCCCCUCCCAAACUGAAGUCAUUGUGGGCAGGAAAAUGUACAUUUUGUACAGAGUUUGUGUAAUUCUUAAAAAUAAAUAUAGGCAACUUUUUAAUAAAAAAUAAAUUAA